GGGCCCCGAGUGCCGGCACCGGGGCACCGGAGGGGCCAUGGCCGGGCCCGCCUGGGCCCCGCCGCGCCUCGACGAGUUCAUCCUCACCGAGCCCCUCGGCUCCGGCACCUACGCCACCGUCUACAAGGCCUACAGGAAGAGGGACACGCGUGAGGUGGUGGCCAUCAAGUGCGUCAACAAGAGGAGCCUGAACCGGGCAUCGGUGGAGAACCUGCUGACAGAGAUCGAGAUCCUCAAGACCAUCCGCCAUCCCAACAUCGUGGAGCUCAAGGACUUCCAGUGGGACAGUGACCACAUCUACCUGAUCAUGGAGUUCUGUGCCGGGGGGGACCUGUCCCGCUUCAUCCGCACGCGCCGGAUGCUCCCCGAGAAGGUGGCUCGUGUCUUCCUGCAGCAGCUCGCCUGCGCCCUCAAGUUCCUCCACGACCACAACAUCUCCCACCUGGACCUGAAGCUGCAGAACAUCCUGCUGAGCGCCCCGGAGAACCCGCAGCUGAAGCUGGCAGAUUUCGGCUUUGCCCAGUACAUGUCCCCGUGGGACGAGAAGCACGUGCUGCGCGGCUCCCCGCUCUACAUGGCCCCCGAGAUGGUGUGCCGGCAGCACUACGACGCCCGCGUGGACCUCUGGUCUGUGGGGGUCAUCCUUUAUGAAGCACUUUUUGGGAAGCCACCCUUUGCUUCCCGCUCCUUUGCUGAGCUGGAGGAGAAAAUCCGCAGCGAUCGGGCUGUGGAGCUUCCCAGCCGGCCCCAGCUGUCUCUGGAAUGCCGGGAUCUCUUGGGGCAGCUGCUGGAGAGGGACCCUCGCAAGCGCAUCUCCUUCGAGAGCUUCUUUGCCCACCCCUUUGUGGACAUGGAGCACGUGCCCGGCCCCGAGAGCCUGGGCAAGGCGACCGACCUGGUGGUGGAGGCGGUGAGGAAGGAUCAGGAGGGAGACGCCGCUGCCGCCUUCUCCCUCUACCGCAAAGCCCUGGAGUAUUUUGUGCCAGCACUGCACUAUGAGAGCGACGUGCGGCGCAAAGAAGCCAUCCGGGCCAAGGUGAGGCAGUACAUCUCCCGAGCAGAGGAGCUGAAGGUGUUGGUCACCUCUAGCAACAAGAACCUCCUGGAGAAAGGAAACCCGGCCAGGGAGCUCCUUAAAGAGAUGGCCAAGGACAAACCUCGGCUCUGCGCGGCGCUGGAAGUGGCCUCAGCUGCCAUUGCCAAGGAGGAGGAGGGCAGGGAUGACAGUGACGCCCUGGAGCUGUACCAGCAGAGCCUGGGGGAGCUGCUGCUGCUCCUGGCCGCGGAGCCGGCGGGGCGGCGGCGGGAGCUGCUCCACGCUGAGAUCCAGACCCUGAUGGCCCGAGCCGAGUACCUGAAGGAUCAGAUCAAGAUGCGGGAGGCACAAUCCAUGGGCAAGGAGGCGCUGGCAGAGUCCGUCCGGAGCGUGACCCCCGGAGCUGCCCUGCCGGACGCUGCUCGCUGCCCUGCCAGGAGACACCAAGGGAAGGCUUUGGUAUCCAUCCCCCACGCCCCCAGGGCUGGCACCUGGGGGGUCACCCUCGGGCUGCCAGCCCCAGGGGGGCCGGCAGGGCCAUCUGCCCCUCUCGCAGGCGCCGGCUCAUUUCCCUGCCAGCCCUGCCUCGGCCGUCUGCUGCCGCAGCCUCCCCUGGCACAGCGGGCGGGUUAUUCCACUCUAAUUCCCUCCGCUGGCUCCACGGGAAGGGUAUUUUUAUCCUGGCACUGGGCUCUGGCAGGGCAUCCCCCCUGCUUUUUCAGCUGGGUGGUUCUUCCACCUCCCAAAUUCUGGGGGAGCCCACAAAUCCGGCCGGGAGCUGAGGGUGGGCAGGGAUGCUCCGCUGUGCCUUCCUCGCCCAGCAUCUACCUCUGCAUCCAGUGCUGCUCGUCCAGCCUCCAUCCAGCAGCCACUGCACUGGUCCAGCCCAGCCAUACCUGCCUGCCUCUCACUGCUGGAGCACUGGGAAUGAGGCUUUUCCUUCCUAAACCUGGAGCCUGACAGGUGCUGGCUGCACCAUCAGUGUCACGACCGUGAGCAGUGCUCAGCGGGGACCCAUUGAGUCAGUCACCUUCAGGGAGACACUCUCAGCAUCCUGCCUGCCCUGCUCCACUCCUCAGGGCCCUGGCACCCCCAGCAUCCAAAUCAUGCUCCCAGGAGUCGUUGUUACGGGGUGCUGAUGUUGCCUGUCCUGCAAAACAAGGUAUUUGUCUCAAAAAUCUGCUGUAUCUCAAGGGAAUGUAAUUUAUUGUCUUUAAUAAAUUUUAAUUUUGAUUUCUCCA